CAUUUUGUAAGUCUCUUUCGUAAUCAUUUUCAGUAAAAUGAACUGAGCAGACAUAGCUUUUAUCUGAAUUAAGUUUGUCCUCUCUUCUACAUCAAACUAUGCACUCGUUCUGAAUAAUUAGGGACACUAGAUCUUUCCCUUUGGGAAAACGAUGAAAACUACAUUUUCAAGAACUUGCUUUUUCAUCAAAAUAGUUUUUAUUGCACCCAAACAUGACACAUCUCGUUCCAGGCAUACCUAACGUAUUUUUUGAUGUAACUUAUCCCACUGAAAAAGGUAAAAGAACUGUAUUUCUUAUCUUUACCUAUAUUAUUACGUGUAAUAUUUUGGCUCGCCUCCUAACUAAUAACACCGCUAAUAAGCAGCAUAAGUCUUUGUUUAAGGUGAAGCACAUACAAUUUUAAAGUAUUUGUUAAACCUUAAAAAUACUGUUUUGUCCAAAUUUUUUUUACAGAAAUACAAUUAACACAAAUAUAAGCGCACUACUCACUAGUUUAAAUUAUUUUAAUUGCUCAAAGAACACAAAAUACAACGGUUUAAUACGCCUCAAAUGCAUUGACAGAAUACACAAAAACCGUUAGAGGACUUCGCUUACAUCACAAGCGACCACGUCCGAUCCAUAAAUUUGGCGAAAGUAUCUCUUAUGGGAUUGGGCAAACCUAUUAGGUUUACGAUUCUUGGUCCUGUACUUGUCCUUGAUGAAAUGACAUCACAUUAGUAAAUAUAACCCCAUUUCAUUACUACAUAUCGGGUUUUAAAUUUAACUAAAUUGAAAAAUGCCCCUGCUAUGGUUAAAGCUAAAAGAAAAGGAACUCAUUUUAAAAGUAUCAGUGGGAAACACUUAAUUUUAGUGACGAAAAGAACUGAAAAUAGUAUAAAUAUUUCGGUAAAAUAUACCGACAAUUUGUUUUUCUAUAGAUACAUUGUUAUUUUAGCAAUAAUGGUAAUGUGUAAUAUAACCUGUUUCCUUUUUAAUAUCUUCUUUAGCAUUGUGAAUAUUGUCGUUUUUACCGUUUGUAUAGGUAAAAUAUAUCAACUUUGUCAUAGAGUUCAGGAGGAAAACCUAGUCGUAAUACGUAAAUUAGGAUUUCAAAUUACUGCAAAGUAUUCACUGGGAAAGAUUGCCACAUAUAUUCCUUAUGAGAAAGUACAAAAAAUAUUUAUAAAUGAAGUUAUCGCAAGACACAGAGUAAAAUACAUACUUACAUUGCUUACAAAAGACAGUGACAAUGUAUUCAAGCUGGUUCCUUUAUUUAGAGAUACAGAACCACGACUUGCAUGUUUAAAAAUAAUCUACAGAAGCCUGGUAUUGUUGAAAAAUAAUCAACCAGAAAACAGCUAAUUGUAGAGCUUUAUUUACAAAUUGCCACAUUCCAAAUAAGUUUUUUUACAAAAUAG